CGCACGUCCGGGUGACGACCGUUAGUCCCGCCCGCAGCAGACGGCGGGGCAGCUCCGGGGCCAGCUCCCGGUCUCUAGUCGGGAGAUUCCCCCAGGUCCAAGCCUGGCUGGAGAGAGGCCGGAGAGUGCGGCUGCUGCGGGGCGGAGAGAUUCCGAGCGACUCGACCUUCCCAGCACGCCGCCGCUGCCUCUCCAGAAGCCGCCCGGGCGCUGCUCGGGGCUCCGUUAAUUGUUGAGGUUUUUCUCUUAAGUGGUGGUACCUCGGCAUGAACUUUAAAGGCAAAGAUGACAGACUUUGUUGUUUGGAAGCCUACCUUACUUUGACAUGUCUUAAGAACUCAAGGUUGACUGGUGGUAAGAUAUUCCACUUUAAUGAGGGCAUCGGUUUAACGAAGCAGUUCUUUGACUUGUAUUGGGCUUUCUUGGCUACACAUCACAAAGGAAGAAUAAACUUGUGUCUACUUUGUAAAAACAGAGAGCUUGAAGAUGUCCCAAAGGCACUCAGCCAGCCACAGAGCAGGAAGCAAUAUGGACUCCUCUGCUGUCACUGUCAAGGGUUUCAGCCUCAUAGACUUUUGUCCCACAUCCUCCUUUAACUAUAGCGGCCAUCACGAGCUGUCAGAAUCUUGCAGCCUUAAUAAGAAAGAAAAAGAGCCUAUGCUAACCUAUGAGCAUCCUGAAACUCCAAGUUUAGGUUCCCUCAAUCCUGCAGUAUCUCCCAGUCAAAUAAAGAAGUCUGUGUCCCUAAGGAAGGAAAAGGAUAAAAGCCCAGAACUUUGUGAGACUCCUAAACUCAGAAGGAAAAAAUGCACAUUACGCAGGCAGCUAGACUUAUCUUUCACUCUUCUGAAGGGGGAUUCUGAUUCACAAAGCAGAUCUCUGGAAAGUAGCAUAAGCCAAGGUCUUAGCCUAGAAAAACAUUUGCCAGGUAGCACUUCAGGUUUCCCAAAGGAAGACAACUUUAGCCCACUAGUUACCAGCACAAUAAAAACAGAUGAUGUGGUUUCCAGCAGUCAGAACUCAAGGUUACAUUUUUCUCAGCACAAGACUUCCACCAUUGAUGAUUCCAAAGACAACUGCGGCUUAUUUGAAGUGGAAUGUCUGUCUCCAAUUGAAGGCAAUGAUUUUAAGGAUUCUAUUACACACUUUAGUGACAGCAGUUUAAGUGUCAGUGAUGAGAAUACAUGUCCUGAACUUCCGGGCUCCUGUGGUAGCCAAACAAACUAUGGAGCAGAUGUGACCACAUCUGUAACUCCAGUAAGUAGUCUCAUAGCAAAAAUCAAAUUUAAUGGAAGCCAAACCCUUGAUUCUUCAGCAGAGGUGAGAGACAGUCUUUCAACACCUGAAGACAGUGGCUUUUGCUCACUUAGCUGGGACAAAUCAGAAGAUUUCCUCUCUGACCAAGAGGGCUCUUUUCAAGAACUGCUUCAAAAACAUAGGGUGACUCCUAAAGUUGGGGACCUGGUAAAAAAGCCAAAGCAUUUUGGGAGGUUUAGAAGACUGUCCACUCUUCAGGAGCAAGGCUCCCAGUCAGAAGAUGAAACGCAGACGGCCCAUCCCAACUCUGAACCGAGAGUGGGCACUGCUUUGGGUGUCUUGGAGAGGCAACAAGGCUCUGAGGAGAGGAGUGGGGAUUUGGCUCUAAGCUUUAAGGACUUAUCACAUACUCCAGCCCUGCAGUUAGUGCACGAGCUCUUUAUGAGAAGCAAAAGGAAACGAUCCCAGCAGGAAGAUGACCAGGAAUUCUUCGAGGACAGGGAAGAGGGGAAAAUUGCCAGACUGCAGCGUGUUCUCGCAGGACUGAUUGGCAAGAAGAUGGGCAUAGAACAGCUGGAUAUCCUGACAGAGUUACAAUAUAGAAACUUGAAGCAUAUCCUAGCUAUGGUUUUAGAGUCCUUGACUUCGGAGAGUUUAUACAGUGCUUGGAACGUCAGCAGAAACUGGCGUGAAAUUGUGGCUCAGGAUAAAAAGGCAAACAGGAGGAGGAAACUUUAUGUCACACAGCUGAAAGCGCGUGCUCAGGGGGCCGCUGUGUUACGUGUUCAGGAUGCUGCCACUCGGCUCCGCCUUCUGAGUCGCUUGGCCUUAAGGUCAGUGCAGGCACAGGCACAGGCACCCAGUGGUCUGAACGAGCAGGUUCCAACUCUGUCCCCUUGGGGGGAUGUUCUGACACCUGUAGCAAGCUCUUCCCUCACCCACCUCCGGAGUAAACAGGAACAGUAUGUGAAGGUUGCCAGGACACUGUUUACUGACGAAGCCUUAAAGCCCUGCCCAAGGUGCCAAUCCCCUGCUAAGUACCAGCCACAUAAGAAAAGGGGGCUAUGUAGCCGCUUGGCCUGCGGCUUUGACUUUUGUGUGUUAUGUCUGUGCGCUUAUCAUGGGUCUGAAGACUGUAGAAGAGGGUCAGCAAAGGCUAGAGGUAGCAAAGAUGUUCUCCCAGGGAGUGCCCAAAGCAAGCGGAACUUAAAACGCCUCUGAAGAGACUAAGGAACCUCCCCUGCUGGCCCAUGUUCUGUCUGACUUAAAAUUAUGACGAUUUUGAACACAUGCAAAUCUUCCCAUUGAUGACAUUGAUUUAUUUCCUACUUUGCUUAUGUUAUAAUGCACACCAUUGUAUAUUUUCUUUAAAGUGAUGAAUUUUGAAAUAAUUUUAUUUUACUAUGUCAUAUCCCCAUUUUAAAUAUUUUGAUGUUUUAAAUAAAGAAUUUUCAGGGUUGUUA